CGAACUAGCAGACGUCUUUAUAUUGCCGACAAGACAAGUUCUAAAAUUAAAAAACGUGGGGAAUAGAAUUUGUGUUGGACAUUUUUUUGUUUCUAUACGUUAAAUAAGUUGAAGCGUGGAAUAGCGGCGAGACGUCUUCAUCAAAAUGGGGGACAUGUUUCGCAGUGAGGAAAUGGCAUUAUGCCAAAUGUUUAUACAACCGGAGGCUGCAUACACCUCUGUCUCGGAACUGGGCGAGACUGGUUGUGUACAAUUCCGUGAUUUGAACAGCAACGUCAACGCUUUCCAGCGAAAAUUCGUCACUGAGGUGCGCCGUUGCGAUGAACUCGAACGUAAAAUACGUUACAUUGAGGCGGAAAUUAAGAAGGAUGGCAUUGUUUUGCAAGACAUUCUUGACGACAUCCCCCGCGCCCCCAAUCCACGCGAAAUUAUUGAUUUAGAGGCACAUUUGGAGAAAACCGAAAAUGAAAUUCUCGAGUUGGCUCAGAAUGAGGUUAAUCUCAAGUCGAACUACUUGGAGUUAACCGAAUUGCGUAAGGUGCUCGAGAAUACGCAAGGUUUCUUCUCCGAUCAAGAAGUACUGAACUUGGACUCCAGCAACCGCGGCCCAAAUGCUGUUGAGGAAGUCGGUCCACAAAAUCGUGGUCGCUUGGGUUUCGUUGCGGGCGUUAUCAACCGCGAGCGUGUAUUUGCGUUCGAGCGCAUGCUCUGGCGUAUUUCACGUGGUAAUGUUUUCCUUAAACGCUCAGAUUUGGAUGAUCCACUCAAUGACCCCCAAACUGGUCAUCCAAUCUACAAGACCGUCUUCGUCGCCUUUUUCCAAGGUGAACAGCUCAAAAAUCGCAUUAAGAAGGUAUGCACAGGUUUCCACGCCUCCAUGUAUCCAUGCCCCAGUUCGCAUACUGAACGCGAGGAGAUGGUUAAAGGUGUGCGUACCCGUUUGGAAGAUUUGAAGUUGGUCCUGAGUCAAACCGAAGAUCAUCGUAGCCGCGUGCUAGCUACUGUAUCCAAGAACUUACCAUCUUGGUCAAUUAUGGUGAAGAAAAUGAAAGCCAUUUAUCACACCUUGAACUUAUUCAACAUGGAUGUCACAAAGAAGUGCCUUAUCGGCGAGUGUUGGGUGCCUACCAAGGAUCUGCCUGUAGUGCAGAAAGCUUUGUCUGAUGGUUCAGCUGCGGUGGGCAGUACUAUACCGUCGUUCUUGAACGUGAUUGACACCAACGAACAACCACCAACAUUCAAUCGCACAAAUAAGUUCACACGUGGUUUCCAAAAUUUGAUCGAUGCUUACGGUGUAGCUUCCUACCGUGAGGCAAAUCCAGCUUUAUACACUUGUAUUACUUUCCCAUUUCUUUUCGCUGUAAUGUUCGGUGACUUGGGUCAUGGUUUAAUUUUGACUUUGUUCGGCGCUUGGAUGGUUAUAUACGAGAAGGGGCUGCAAAGAAAGAAAGCCGGAGAAAUUUGGAACAUAUUCUUCGGUGGACGUUAUAUUAUACUGUUGAUGGGUCUCUUCUCAUGCUAUACCGGUUUCGUUUAUAAUGAUAUCUUCUCCAAAUCAAUGAACGUCUUUGGCUCCACUUGGAAAAUACGAUAUAAUACGUCCACAGUUGAAGAUAAUACCGUAUUGCAAAUAUCACCGAAUCACAGUACCUACGGCGUAUAUCCCAUUGGAUUGGAUCCAAUCUGGCAAUUGGCCGGAAACAAGAUCAUUUUCCUCAACACCUACAAAAUGAAAUUAUCAAUCAUCAUAGGUGUAGCCCAUAUGAUCUUUGGUGUUUGCAUGUCUGUGGUGAACUUUGUACACUUCAAGCGUUAUGCCAGUAUAGUAUUGGAAUUCCUGCCACAAAUUCUGUUUUUGCUCUUGUUAUUCGGCUACAUGGUGUUUAUGAUGUUCUUCAAGUGGGUAAAAUACAAUCCGAAGACCGCUUUCCAGCCGGAUACUCCCGGAUGUGCGCCAUCUGUUUUGAUUAUGUUUAUCAAUAUGAUGUUGUUUAAGAGUACGCCGGCUUUGGAAGGUUGCGACGAGUACAUGUUCCCAGCACAACCAGUGGUUCAGCAGAUAUUCGUGUUCAUUGGGUUAUUGUGUAUACCUUGGAUGUUGUUGGGCAAACCGUUAUACAUUAAAUUCACACGCAAAAACAAAGUACACGCCAAACACAAUGGCGAUUUAACUGGCAAUAUCGAACUUGCCGAAGGUGAAACCCCAAUACCGACAAGCCUUGAUGAAGCUGACCAUAGCGGCGGUGCUGGCGGCCACGACGACGAGCCAAUGAGCGAAAUCUACAUUCACCAGGCCAUCCACACCAUUGAAUAUGUGCUCAGUACUAUAUCCCAUACUGCCUCUUAUCUGCGUUUGUGGGCUUUGUCUUUGGCUCAUGCACAAUUGUCCGAGGUCUUGUGGAACAUGGUGUUGUCAAUGGGUCUGAAGAGUAGUGACUACACUGGUGCCAUUACCUUGUAUUUCAUCUUCGGCGCUUGGUGUUUGUUCACACUGGCCAUCUUGGUUAUGAUGGAAGGUCUUUCAGCUUUCUUGCAUACCCUGCGUUUGCAUUGGGUGGAGUUCAUGAGCAAAUUCUACGAAGGCUUAGGCUAUGCCUUCCAACCUUUCAGUUUUAAGGCAAUCUUAGAUGGCGAAGAGGAGGAAUAAACAGUGUUCGCCCUCGAAAGUUGUUAUGUAUUCGCAAUUUGAUGCGAUAUCAGUAUUGUGGUACUCUUCCCACACAUAUAAAGUGCCUUCCAGUUAAUUUUUCCGUUGGUGUUUAUGAGUAUUUUGUCGGUCUGCGUUGUAUAGAUGUCCUCUACAGUUCAUUAAGGUAUUUUUUUGUUUUUGGUAAAAUAUUUUGAAUUGUCAUAAAGUUGUAUUUAUGUACUAUUAUGAAUUGUUUCAAAAGGAUAUAAAUGUUUAUAAAUAUUAACUACGAAAA